AACCGUCUCCGCUUUCCCUUCCUCCUCACCCCCUCCCGUCUCUCUCGCCCGCACGCGGAACGGCAGCCCCACCCUCGCCGCCGGCCAUGUCGGUGGAGACGGAGCGGAGCUCCACCGAGUCCUCCGCCGCCUCGGGCCUCGACUUCGAGGACACCGCGCUCACGCUCACCCUGCGCCUCCCGGGCUCCGCGUCCUCGUCCUCGUCCUCCUCCGCCUUCCCCGACCCCGACCGCAAGCGCGCCUCCUCCGACGCCGAUGCCGACCGCUCCUCCCCGCUCGCCGCCGCGUCCUCAGAUGCUCCCCCGGCGCCCAAGGCGCGGGUGGUGGGGUGGCCGCCGGUGAGGUCGUACCGCAAGAACGCGCUCGCCGACGUCGCGGGCUCCAGCAAGGCCAAGCAGGCCGCCAAGUUCGUCAAGGUGGCCGUCGACGGCGCGCCCUACCUGCGGAAGGUGGACCUCGAGGCCUACGCCGGAUACGACCAGCUCCUCCGCGCGCUCCAGGACAAGUUCUUCUCCCACUUCACCAUCCGGAAGUUCGCCGACGACGAGAGGAAGCUGGUGGACGCGGUGAACGGGACGGAGUACGUGCCCACGUACGAGGACAAGGACGGCGACUGGAUGCUCGUUGGCGACGUCCCCUGGAAGAUGUUUGUGGAAACCUGCCAGCGCCUUCGUCUGAUGAAAAGUUCAGAGGCUGUUAACUUAGCACCAAGAGCUGCCCGAUGAAGCACGCUCACGCUCGAUUCGCGUGGACGUCUUGAAGGAAAGAUGGAACCUUGCUCUCCUGAGGAUCUUCACGUGAGAUAGAAAUGUGUACAGUUGUCGCCCACCCCGCUUUUGGUCCCCUUAUGCUAUUGAGCUGAGAAAAGGUUGUAGUUGCAUUACUUGUCUGUAGUUUCUACAUAUAGAUCCGAAGCUUGAAAUACACACGCCUACAGUUUGUCUCUCGAUGAAUAAGACCAGACACACAGAACUCAUGUUUUUCGACGCUUGUCGCCUGCUUUCCGUUUUGAUGUUAGGUGGUUAUAUUGUGUGGUACUCACUACAGGUGUGAGGCUGAUGGCAUUGCUGUCAUAUAUACAUCUUAUUGUGCUGAGCUAUGGUUUUGUUUGAA